UUGCAGUUUUGGGGUGACUCGCAUUUUGGGGUGUUCACUUUCCGUCUCUCUUGCCCCAGUCCUGCCACCCAUACUUGUUACAUCACAAACCGUGUGACUGAACAGACUGGUGACCUUUCUACAAAUCUGAAACCAUUUCUGCUUUGCAAACUGUGUGAAGUUUAGUUUAAUGCGAAGUCCGGGUAAACAGUCUGCCCUUCCCAUCCCUGUUGGAAUUACUGCAAGUGCACAACUAGUUUCAAAUUGAUGCACUCAUGCAGGUUUUGGUAGAGAUGUCGUCGUCCGAGCCAAUGCAGCCUCCAGUGACUGUUGGCGGCAACACUGACGAAGUCACUUUUCUGGUUCCACUUGUUGCACCUCCCCCUAAACAAGAUGGCCAGUCCAAAGCAACGAAAGAAGGAUCUGAGCAGCAAACUCUGGCUCGCGCCCCCCGUAACGGGUUUCAGGGGAAAAGGCGAAACAGUUUUAACAUUGGAUUCAAGCAUCCAGCUCCAUUCAAGCGACGGAGAAGAGUGAACUCUGAAUGUGAACCUGUCCUACCAUCGAAAUUUCUACUUGGUGGUAAUAUCUUUGAUCCACUUAACCUUAACAGUCUACUGGACGAGGAGGUGAAUCGUACCCUCAAUGCAGAGACUCCCAAGUCCUCUCCUCUUCCAUCCCGAAACAGAGAUCCAGUUGAGAUACUUAUCCCUAAAGACAUUACUGACCCACUGAGCCUCAAUGCUGUCUCAGGUGAUGUUGAGCUCUUGCUGUCACCACUUAAGAGUGGCAGGAAAAGACACCGACACCGUCACCAUCCAACAAAUGAGGCUACUAUUAAGGUAACAACCGUGUUGGAGAAAGAGACCGAACCAAUUCCUGAGGAGCUGCGGCCAUAUGAACUUAACACAACCAUUAAUUGCCGGGAUGAAGUGGUACCACUGCCGUCCUUGGAAACCGAAGGAGCACCUCAACCAUCUGCUGUGUCCGCUACUGCUGGCUCCCGGCAUCGUAAACGAAGGAGGACGUCUAGCAAAUCAGAAGGAAAACAAGGCAGCCCUGAGAGAAUUAAAAGUGGAGUUACAGUAGCAUCUAGGAUACAGUGCAUAAGACCUCAGUGUGCUCCAAAGAUGAAAAAUCGAUUUCAGUACGGCAACUACUGCCGGUAUUAUGGAUAUCGUAAUCCUAACUGGACUGAGGAUGCACGUCUAAGGGCAUUGCGGCCUGAAUGGUUCCAGGGUAAAGCUGUUUUGGACAUUGGAUGUAAUGUCGGACACUUGACACUGUGUGUAGCCAAGAACACGGGAGCCUCCCGUGUGGUGGGUUUGGACAUUGAUGGGGCCUUAGUACAAGCUGCAAGACAUAAUAUAAGGCAUUACCUCUCUGAGAGAGCUAAAAGUGGUUCAGUCUUUCCUUCUGCUCUUGUUACCACUAGAGGUCCCAUUGCUGCCCCCAGUUAUCUGCCGAAAGGAGAGGAAGAAAAGCAAAAGGACUUUCCACAUAACGUCGUAUUUGUGCAGGGUAACUAUGUAGUGGAACAGGACGAGUUGGUGGAGGCUCAGAAAGCAGAGUUUGAUGUAAUCCUGUGCCUCAGUGUUACCAAAUGGGUGCAUCUGAACUGGGGUGAUGAUGGACUCAAAAGACUGUUUCGGAGAAUGUACAAUCACCUGAAUCCUGGGGGAGUCUUGGUCAUUGAGCCACAACCAUGGUCAUCUUACGGAAAGAGGAAGAGGCUUACAGAAACAAUCUUCAGAAACUUCAGUAAGAUUUCCUUCAAACCUCAUCAGUUCACGUCAUACCUGCUAUCUUCUAAGGUUGGAUUCUCCAGUUACGAGCUCAUUGAUACACCACACACCCAAGCUAAAGGUUUUCAGCGACCAAUCUAUGCGUUUUACAAAAACACAUACACCAUGCAGGAGACACCCAGGAGAACCACUCAAGGAGAGCCGCCUACCUUGCACCACUCCACAGCUAUGCUUCAGGAGGUGCCUACAACAGCAACUCAGGAAGAGACGCCUAACAUGGUGCAGGAGCAGCCCACCACCACCAUGCUUCAAAAGCCUCCUGCAACAGCUACACAGGAGGAGACACCUGCCACCACCAUGCUUCAAAAGCCUCCUGCAACAGCAACACAGGAGGAGACGCCUCCUACCACCAUGCUUCAAAAGCCUCCUCCAACAGCAAUGCAGGAGGGGACGUCUACCAUGGUGCAGAAGCAGCCUGCCACCAUCAUGCUUCAGGAGCCGCCUGCAACAGCUAUGUCGGAGGAGACAUCUGCCAUGGACAUACUUCAGGAGCCUGCUGCAACAGCCACGCCAGAGGAGCCGCCUGCUACCACCAUGCAUCAGGAGCCGCCAGCAACAGCCACGUUGGAAAAAACAUCUGCUAUGGACAUGGUGCAGGAACCACCAGCAGCAGCCAUGCUGAAGGAGCCACUUGCCACAGCGACACCGGAGGAGACCACCAUGACUCCCAGCACAGACCCUAUACAGGAUGUCUAACUUGUCUACUCUUGUUUAUAUAUACUUUAUUUUUUUUUUUUGGCUUUACCCCUGGCAAAUACCCCACUUCCCCAUAUACAUAUAUAUUUUUUUUUUCUUGUGUAAAAUUCUUUAUUUUUUAAGACAAACCACAUUUUCUUGGGGUUUAAAGAGUUCAGCCUGUUUCUGGAAUCUUUGCAAAAUAUAAUGUUAUUUGACUGGUGUCAUCCAUUUACUUAACCGUUUGAUUCUGAACUGACACUUGUCCUCCGUGAAUGGAGGUGGCACGCUUCAUCAUACAACGGCCAUUGAUAAGAGCUGUGAUAAUUUGCAAAUAAUAAAUGAUCCUGCUCUGUUUAACCCUCAGACGGAGGUCACCUGAAACGUU